AUGGAUGAUAAGAAAGCUAAAUGUGAUGAUGUCUUGAAGGGUGAGAUCGGUUUCGCCACUCUUCCCGAACACGUCCACCGAAAGUCCGCCAAAAAGGGCUUUGACUUCACUAUUAUGGUGGUCGGUGAGUCAGGUCUGGGCAAAUCAACUCUAGUGAACUGUCUCUUUUUGGCCGAUCUCUACAAACAACGCAAACAAUUCAGUGUUGAGAAGCUGUUGGAGAGGACUGUAGUUAUCGAUAAGAAACAGCUGGACAUCAUCGAGAAGGGCAUCAAACUGAGGGUCACUAUUGUGGACACUCCUGGAUAUGGAGACUCACUGGAUCUGAACGACAGCUUCCAAGCCGUCGAGAACUAUAUCGACCAACAGUUCGACCAAUACUUUAAGGACGAGUCCGGACUCAACCGCAAGAAUAUUGCCGACAAUAGAGUCCACUGUUGUCUCUAUUUUAUCUCUCCAUUCGGAAGGGGUUUAUCUCAACUCGACAUUCAGUUUAUGAAACGAUUGCAUAAAAAGAUAAAUAUAGUGCCCAUCGUUGCGAAGGCAGACUCUCUCACACCUAAUGAAAUGCAUGCCAUCAAGAAGAAGAUCUUAAGAGAGUUUGAUGAGCACGGGAUCAGUAUUUUCCGAAUUCCCGAAUGCGAUAGCGAUGAAGACGAUCAGUUCAGACGCAAAGACCAGGAAAUUAAGGAAAGCAUUCCAUUCGCUAUUAUCGGAAGCACUCAAACCAUUGAACACCAGGGCAGAAAAAUCAGAGGACGAGAAUAUCAAUGGGGUGUUGUCGACAUUCAGGACGAAAAGUACAGCGAUUUCAUUAAAUUGAGAACAUUUUUGAGUCUUCAUAUGCAAGACCUAAAGGACGUGACCAGUGAUGUACUCUAUGAAAACUAUAGGGCCCAACAUUUGGCUAAAUUGAGUCAACAACAGGAAAAUGACCCAAACAUGACAACUGACAGACUUCUGCAGAUAAAACAAGAGGAGAUCCGCCGAAUGCAACAGCAGUUGGAGAUAAUGCAGGAACAGCUACGCUAUCAGUCCAGCCAACCCGUCAGUAGUGCCGCACAAAGUUGUGACGACUUGUCUCAGAAGGAAGAAGAGUGAGCUGUCUCUCAAAGAUAAGUCAAAUACAAACCCAAAUUUUAUAUGUAUUUCACGACAUUAUAUAAGAAUUUUUGGAUUUGAUUCUCACAUUAUUUAUAUGACAUUCCGUUUCUGUGAUUAUAUUGAUUGUAAAACACAUUCUUUUAGUCAUUUUAUUACAAAUAUUUAUUGCGAAAAGUCAAAACUGACCA